GCGGGGCAGUGUGGGGCGGGGGCAGAACGCCUCUGGCAGCGAGUUGGGCCCCGUGUCAGCAGCCGAGCGGGCGCUCGGGCGGGAUAUGGCGGGCUGUGUGGCCCGGCGGGCUCUGGCCGUGGGCAGCCGCUGGUGGUCCCGCUCGUUAACCGGGGUCCGGGGGCCGAGGCCGCUCUGUGCGUCGGGUGGAGCUGGGGCCUUCCCACCAGCGGCGACCACGACGACGCGGAGGCACCUCUCGUCCCGAAACCGACCAGAAGGCAAAGUUUUGGAGACAGUUGGUGUAUUUGAGGUGCCAAAACAGAAUGGAAAAUAUGAGACCGGGCAGCUCUUCCUUCAUAGUGUUUUUGGCUACCGAGGUGUCGUCCUGUUUCCCUGGCAGGCCAGACUAUAUGACCGGGAUGUGGCUUCUGCAGCUCCAGAAAAAGCAGAGAAUCCUGCUGGCCAUGGCUCUAAGGAGGUGAAAGGCAAAACUCACACUUACUAUCAGGUGCUGAUUGAUGCCCGAGACUGUCCACAUAUAUCUCAGAGAUCUCAGACAGAAGCUGUGACUUUCUUGGCUAACCAUGAUGAUAGCCGGGCCCUCUAUGCCAUCCCAGGCCUGGACUAUGUCAGCCAUGAAGACAUCCUCCCCUAUACCUCCACUGAUCAGGUUCCCAUCCAGCAUGAGCUGUUUGAUAGAUUUCUUCUGUACGACCAGACAAAAGCACCCCCUUUUGUGGCCCGGGAGACGCUCCGGGCCUGGCAAGAGAAGAAUCACCCCUGGCUGGAGCUCUCUGACGUCCACCGGGAGACGACCGAGAACAUUCGUGUCACUGUCAUCCCCUUCUACAUGGGCAUGAGGGAAGCCCAGAAUUCCCAUGUCUACUGGUGGCGCUACUGUAUCCGCUUAGAGAACCUCGACAGUGACGUGGUGCAGCUCCGGGAGCGACACUGGAGGAUAUUCAGUUUAUCUGGCACGUUGGAGACAGUGCGAGGCCGAGGCGUGGUGGGAAGGGAACCCGUGUUAUCCAAGGAGCAGCCCGCAUUCCAGUAUAGCAGCCACGUGUCCCUGCAGGCUUCCAGUGGGCACAUGUGGGGCACCUUCCGCUUCGAGAGGCCUGAUGGUUCCCACUUUGAUGUCCGGAUCCCUCCCUUCUCCCUAGAAAGCAAUAAAGAUGAGAAGACACCACCCUCAGGCCUUCACUGGUAGGCCAGCUGAGGCUUGCUUGAGUGCCUAGGCUCGGCCCCUGAAGAACAGCUCUCAUCCCACAAUUGCUGCAGAACUCUCCACCAUGGACCACAGUGGGUCUCUUUAUCAUUUGCGCCAUUUGAUUGUGGGGUUCUUUUUUGGUGGGUGGGUGUAAUCGUUUUCUCCAGAAGACCUGUGUAGGACUCCUCCAAGGCUGGCCUCCCAUGUAAGCCCUGGCUACACUGUGUUCCAGUAAACCUUUCCACCAGGAAGUUUGUGUUCAGCUGCCACAGGCCUGGGGUUUCCUGGCCUGUCACACAAGUUGUUUGGAAUAUGAGGUUUGGUCAAUAAACCAGUGCACACUUGGC